GAAUAUUGAUGCACAACCUCGUCAAAUGAAUGGAAACGAUAAUACAGAAGAAGACAAAUUCUAUUUGCACCCUCUUACUAAUUACACGUUCGGCACAAAAGAGCCUCUUUUUGAGAAGGAUACCAGUAUUAGUGCGCGAUUUCAGAGAAUGAGGGAAGAAUUUGAAAGUAUAGGGUUGCGAAGAUCAGUCGAAGCUGUUCUCUUGGUGCAUGAGCACAACCUGCCGCAUGUAUUGCUUCUUCAAAUUGGCGCUUCAUUUUUCAAACUUCCAGGUGGCGAAGUAGAUGCCCAGGAAGAUGAAGUUUCUGCUCUCAAGAGACUCCUCAAUGACAUUCUUUGCCGAUCAGAGCAUAUACCUGUUGACUGGCAGGUGGAAACCCUGCUCGGACAAUGGUGGAGACCAAACUUUGAACCUCCUCAGUACCCUUAUAUCCCUGCACAUGUUACUAAGCCGAAAGAGCACAAACAACUCUAUCUAGUAAAGAUUCCAGAAAAAGCUUUGUUUUCAGUUCCUCGAAACUAUAAAUUGGUGGCAGCGCCACUAUUUGAACUUUAUGAUAAUUCAUCGGGGUACGGUCCUAUUAUUUCGAGUUUGCCCCAACUUCUGAGCCGUAUGAAUUUCAAGUAUUUGUAAGAACUAGAUGCACGCAUAUUUUGUUUUUGAAUCUAGCUGGGAUUUUGUUUUUAAAGUCAAGUGUUUUAUACGUCCGAAAGUUUUGUUAAGCAAAGUUCAAACAAUUGUUAUACAAUAAGUUGGCGUCCUUAAAUUUAUACUCUUAACUUAAUUGAAAUAAAUUCAGGUUGUUAAUGACAGCGGCUAAAGUGGUUCUAUUUCUGGUGGACUUAUCCCUGGCGCUUCAUGCAAUUUUCAAGUUUUUCCUCGGAAUUGUCUGCCAUGCUCGAGUUUAUGUCAGAAAGCAAAUCCGAUUUUACGAGACGGUGGAAAAUUCGAGCGACCCGGUAAAGCUCAGUAAAGCUGUGAAUGCUAACGGAAAAAUUUUCAAAAUAUAUAUACAGUUUGCUUAUCGAUCUUUGUUGGCCUUUGCAGCAGCGUCAUUUGUUUGUUUCAAAAUACUAGUUGCGCAUUUCAUUAAGUUCUAUCUCUACACCAAGUUAUCACUACUUCGGAAACUUUAUUCCAAUACGAAGUACGAUGCGGGACAACUUUACUUGGCUGGAAAUAAUUUGAAAAAGCUGAUUCCGAAAAACAAAAGCUUGCCUCAAAAUGUUACAAUUAUAUUACCAUGUCUUAGGAGCUUGAAUGAUUCCCCUGUAUUUUGCACAAAGCUAGAAAUUUACCUACUGUUUCUUUAUAUUCUCGAAAUUAAAAAUAUAACUUUGUUCCUACCUUUUGCCAAUGACCCGAAAUUGAUUUAUGAAACCAUAAGAAGAGCUGAGAAAUAUGACAACGUUUCGUUUAUUUUUUCUCUCAAAGAAGCCUCUGAUGAUAUGUUAGAUGCUCUCAAUAGUUCGCGACGCCAACAACCUCGUGCAGUAGAACCUUGUGAUGUCACCAAAAGAAUAAACGGCGUUCACGCUGAUAUGAUUCUAGUAAGUGGAGGAUUUCCUUGUCUUUAUGGAUUUGUUCCAUGGCACACGAAACUCACUGAAAUUUUUUUCCUACCGCACAUUGAUUGUAUUAUGUUAGAUGACAUAGUAGGUGCAUUUCAUUCAUAUUUAUCUAUCGAACAGAGAUUCGGUAAGUAGUUUUUCAUGUUCAUUCAAGAUUGUUAUAAACUGUAUAUUUGCCUCUAUGUAAUGGUGUCAAUGCGUUCUGAUUCAAUAUGGCUGUUAAUGUUUUCAAUUUAAAUUGAGCCAUUUGA